AUGUCGCUGUUCAAAUCGGUCCGAACCAUUGGACAAUCGCAAACAGAAAUUAAAGUUAGAAAGGCUACGGAUGAUGAUGAGUCGAGUGGAGCCACGGGAACGCUGAUGAGCGAGCUGUCUGUGCUCACAUACAGCCCCAAAACGCUGCGAGAGAUAACGCAAGUGAUUCGCAAGAGGCUCAAUGGCAACUAUCGCAAAAGCUCGCACAAGAACGCGGUGCACAUGUUGAAGACGCUGACAUUGAUAUCAUAUCUGGUGAACAAUGGCUCUAACGAGUUUGUCGCGUGGAUCCGCGCUUACGCUUACUUGGUCGACACCCUUAAGGAGUUCGACGUGAGCGACCGCGGCGACGCGCAAAUGGCGGAGCAGAUUCGGAUACUGUCGGCAAAAUUGAGCACCAUAUUACGAGACGACGAACUUCUCAAGCAGCGGCGCAAUGAUCUUACGCAAUUCCGGUCCAGUAUUUCCACCCCGGGCAGAAAAUCCACUGAUAAUAGCCAUUUGAAAGUACAGCAUCCCAACAAGCUCCCACAACGUGAGGCAAUCCGUGGAACUCGAAGUCUCGAAAUUAGUCGUACCCCAAGGUAUGGCGUUGACCACCAGGCAUUACCGCUAACUCUAGACCCCUUGGCGGAGGAAGAGAGCGUAGAUAAGGAAAAUAAUGAUGCGGUGUUUUUCCACCCUCGUGACGAGAAUGGGGAAUUCAGACGAAGAGGCGUUACACGAUUCCAUGCCAAUAAUCCGUUUGCAUAA